CAACGUCGCUUCAAGUUGUGGCACAGGUGCACAGACCAUCCUUGCGCGAAAUCCUCACGCGACAGCUCUCGAAUUCCCCGUCUCAAUGCGUGUUGUCGCGCCUUCCACCUGCUGGCCCUAAACUUCACCCAGACCCUACUCCACCAUUUGCAAUCCUCCAGAGACAUCAAGUCGGCACAGCGCAGACUUGACAAUGCUGCUUAGGCGUCAUCCCAGACCUUGGCUAGAACACAGGCAGGGUGCGAGCAUCACAUAAUUUGGCCGCAUUUGGUGCCACUUUCUCCCAACGAACUCGGGAUCUCUCCACGACCCUCAAAAUGGACUUACCUGGAGGUUUCGUGGAUCUCGCGACCGCGUAUCGGUCUGCUGAUGAGACCUUCGUGAGCAUCAUCGGCACCGUCGUCGACUUGAUGGAGCCUACGAAGACGAGAGGCUCGAGCUACAUGUUCAGCUUCAAGCUCUUGGACGAAAGGCUUUCUAGGGCUAUCGAGGGCUCGCAUGGAUUGACUUGUCGUUUCUUCAUUAACGAUUUGGAGGGUAUGCCCAAGGUCCGAAGAGUGGGCGAUAUGGUCCUUCUUCGAAACGUCAAAGUGAUCACGCGCGAUAUGAAGAUGGUGAUUUCGAACCACCAGACAGAGGCUACGGUGUUCCCCGCCGAGAGCAUUCCAAGCAAAGUCUUCAGUAUCACAUACAAGACUGACAAAGGUCUUAUACCACGACUUGGGAUACCGAAGCAUGUUGAAAAAUUCAAUCUUGCUGAGCAGGAAUAUGUCAUCCAUGUCAACGAGGCCAUGAGAAGCUUCGUGGAGUUGGCUUCCGCAAGAAGCGCCAACGACAGUCGCCCGCUUGAAGAGCGUGAGGAUGGGCCAGCUGCAAAGCGACAGAAGAUUGACACUGUUCCGAGAAAUCCAAAGCUCAAAGCAAUCAAAGAUCUCAGAGGCCACGAAAAGGCCUGGGCGGAUAUCUAUGCGAUCGUUAUCAAGACAUUCGGGACCGCAAAUGGCUGCGACUUGUACGUUACGGACUACACCGAAAAUCAAGCAGUCCGCCGCUACACAUACCCAGAGGAGGAAGUUGAUUCGAUCAGAGACGGAGAUGUCUACGGAUAUAAUGGACCAAAGAAGAAAGCGUGGAGAGGGCCUUGGGGCCAUUUCGUGUACAAGGUCAACUUGAAGGCACCACACGCACGAUUCGCCGACGCAAAUCUCAACGAGGGCGAUGUCGUGCUGUUGAAAAAUGUCAAGAUGAGGAUCACGCCGGAAAACGCGUUCUUGGAAGGCGACAUGUGGCCAGAUGAUAAACAUCCCGAGAAAAUACAGAUCCAGAAGGUCAAGAACUUGGCCAUACAGGAAGUGCAAGAAAUGAUGGCCCGAAAGGACAAGUACUGGAACAAACGAAACGCCAGAAUAGCUCAGCAGGAAGCCAGCAAGGUGAAUCUGUCGAAGAAAGAGAAGAAACGGCAGAAGAAACAGGAAAAGCGAGCAGCGAAGAUGGCGGCGAAUGGGUCGACAGCAUUUGAUGCUGAGCAUGCAAGCCUUGCGACCAGACCGCGAGUCAAUCCUGCCAGGACCAAUCCAUCUGUGCAAUGUGCUCACGAAGAAGUCAAUCUGACAAGGGUGAAAGACAUCCUGGACGCUACCAAUGCAAGGCAUACCAACGAAGCACCAGAUGGAAGCACAUACACGCUUCCAUUCAUCAAUGCAAGAUACCGAGCGCGCGUUCGCGUGGUCGACUAUGAACCCAAAAUCUUGGAAGAUUUUGCUGUCUCGUCCGAGCCUAUCGACGAGAGUAGUCCGCACAAAGCUGACUGGGCGAUCCAAUCACCCACAUAUGAGUGGCUCUUCUCCUUAUUGCUCGAGGACGCCAUACUUCCCAGUGGUGUCUCUGAUGAGCCUGAAGUCCAUCGGAUCUGGGUGCAAGUGCACCAUGACAGCGCGCAGUGGCUGUUUGGCAGCACUUUCGACGACCCUGAUGACCUCAGACAUAACCCAAAGCUACUUGCAAAGGUUCGCGAGAAGAUGUUCAUUCUUUGGGGAAAUCUGGAGGAGAUAGAUGGAACGGGUCCGGCGAGCAACACUCCUUUCGAGUGUUGCAUACAGGAAUACGGCGUCGAGCUAGACGACUGCGAUAAGACAUACGUUGCAUCUAAGGAUUGGAAGAGGAUGCAUUCGCUGUUUGGAGUGACCAUUCGGUGA